CUAACAUCCACUCCCUCCCCCGUACUGGUAUAACUGAUAUAAAACCCCCAAAUGAAAAAAAUUAGGGCUCCGUCUGCCAAUCCCAAUCCAUCAAAGUCGAGAAUCUGGAGGAACUAUGUUGGCUCGAAAAUGCUCCUACAAGCUACAGCAACAGUAAGCUCCAAUUCUGUUGGGUAUCAGACUGGUACGUACUCAGCAUACUCGCGACUACUUUUCUUCAUUUUGGUUCAGUAUCUAAAAAUCACAAGUUAUUGAAUGUAUUAGUGUUCAAUUGCCCUUGAAUUGUAGUAUAAAUUAAAAACCCAACUUCUCUUGCAAAACCCAAAAGCCACAAGUUAGUUUAGCUUCAUGGAACACAAGAAUAAGUUAAGGGCUACUGCAAGUUGUGAAGGUGGAAGAGUUCAUACUGAGAGCUUGGUGAACAGAUUCAGUAAUCUUCCACUGGAAGUUGCCCAUCACAUUCUUUCGUUCCUUGAUAUAGAAGAGCUCACUCGUUUCAGUUGUGGGUCCAAAGGAUGCAGGGAGCUUUCUCUGUCAUCUCCCUCGUUGAAUUUUUGUUUUUCAUCGGUGGAUACGUCCACAUGUGAGCUUAGGGUGAAGUUGUUGAACACAUUGGAUAGGUUCUUGUUUCAUCGUCGGGAUAAUAAGAUACAGUCGUUUUAUCUUUUUUGGGAUGGUCACUACAUAGAGGAGGGCAAUUACGAACCAUGCUACUUAUGUAGUAAUGAGAAUUUUCGUAUCAUCACAUGGAUCCACAAUGCAGUGAGGUGUAAUGUUGAAGUGCUUUGUCUUGACAUCUUGUUAUGUGAUUUUGAGGAUGAAGGGUUAGCAUUUCCAUGUUGCGUCUUUCUUUCCACAUCGUUGAGGUCUCUAAAUGUGGUGCAAAUGAAGGGCAUUAUUAUUAAAACGCCCCCCUUUGCCUUUUCCUCUAAUCUCAGUUGCUUGGAGUUGGGAGAGCUUGAUAUAGAAGAUGAGGCGUUUUUCAAAUGGAUCUCAUGUUCCUGCAAAUGCAUCAAGCAAUUAACAGUUGCCGGAGUUCGAAAUAUAAAGAGUAUCGCCAUUGAAAGCCCGUCUUUGGAAAGAUUUAAUUUUUAUGAUCCCUAUGGGUCUCAAAUCUGCCAUCUUAAAAUCUCAGGUGAGAAACUUGAAAGCAUAAGGAUCGACUGGGGAUUUUUUUUAUCCGGUGACCACUCAUUAAAUAUUUUUGCUCCAAAUCUAAUUUUUUUGCGUUGGGUUGGGAAUGUCAUGAAUCACCCAAACCUUGGAGAAUUAGAAUGCUUGGAAGAAGCAUAUAUUUUUCUGGAUCCUAAAGUAGAUGAAUUUGAAAACGUAUUUGAGGCUCUUUGCAGCGUACGCAGGGUUGGAGUUCUUGGUAUAAAUGAAGCAACCGUUAAGGCUCUGUACAGGGAAGGAUCCAUUCCAGCUCAAUUCGAUGAUAUUUGGUGUUUGACUCUGAAUACUCAGAGCAUUAGUGACGAUCUCGUCCCAUCAAUGGUCUCUCUUUUAAGAGGAAUGCCCAAUUUGUGUACUUUACACAUAAAGAAUGAUUCACUUAUUUACGCUCGUAAAUCUGAUGACGUCCAGGUCCAGGUCCAGGUCCAGGCAUCUGGGUUUGAUAUGGAAUACUGGAAGCUGCAAAAUCUGGAUUUUAUUUAUCAGUUGGAGGAGGUUACCAUAAAGCUUACCGAAGGGUCCAAUGGAAUUGAGUUUGCAAGGUACAUACUCGAGCAUGCCGAGGCCCUGGAGGAAAUGAACAUAAUUUAUUCACCCAAGCAAUCUGAUGUUAUAAAGAAGCUAAACGAGAGUAAGAUAAUUUCCGAUGCCACACUUACCUUCCAGGAAAAGUAAGAUGAAUCCAUUUUGAUAGAUCCAUUUUGGGAAUUUAGAAUAUAUGUUCAAUGGCUGUUGUCAAUGUAGUGAUAUCGCUAUGUUGAUACUGUUUGUUCCUUAUGUUCAAUGACUCAUUAAGCUGAGAAGAGUAUGGGGCCUCUUGUUUUAAGAUGUGACAUGAGUAAUGGGGGAUGAUUGUAUUUUUUUUCUUGUGAAGGUCUGUGCUCCAGAAUUUCUUGCUCAAACAAUAUAGUUUUUCAACUUUGCUCUUUA